AUGAAGGAUUUAUAUCCGAAUUGUUUAAGUCUUUCUAUUUAUGUUUUCGGCUACAUUAUACCAGUGCUGGCGAUAUUUGUAGCUGCAGUUAAUAUUCUAGUUAUCAUAGUUUUCCAGAAACCGAAUAUUCGGUCACAUACAACAAUAAUUCUGACAUUGAUUGCUGGAGCGGAUAUGCUUGGAAUAAUGUGUUCGGCUUCAAUUAAAGCUUACCACUUUCUAUUUGGACAUUACAUUGAUCUUUUAUCAUGUACAAUGGCUAAAUUAACAUAUAUAUUCGGUGAAAUAUGUUUGGAUAUGUUCAGUAUGUUUUCACUAUGGCUGACAGUGUUGCUUUCAUUCAUACGAUGCAAAUGCAUUAAAUCUCCAUUCAGUACACGAUAUAUUCAUACAAAUAGGAGAAUAUUAGCAUAUGUUCUAUGUUUAUGGAUUGCCGUGUGCAUAGUACAUUUGCCGUCUUAUUUUAUAUUUGAUUUUCAAAUAAUAUCAUUCGUUGAUUACAAAACAAAUAUAACCCGAGUGACUUGUGGAAUAUUAGAGAUAGAUGGAGCAUUCUUUAAAUCGUGUUCAAGAAGGAAAGCACAUGUGAUAGUUGAAAUGGUAUUAGAUUCCUUCUUGCCUUGUAUAUUACUUUUAUACUACACCACAGUUAUGCUUCUCGCACUAAGAGCAGCAAAUAAGAGUAGAUCUUCAUUGCGACGAAAUAAUUCAUCAAUUGAAAUGAUUGUUAUAGAUAUGGACUGUGAACGUCAAACUGAUAAAAUUGAAACCAAAGAAGCAAAAGCGAGUGUUACCGCAAGACAGGAUCAGUUGGAUGAUAAUCAUUAUUAA